AUGUCAACCAAAACAACAGGCCACUGCCUCUGCGGAAAAGUCCAAGUAACCGUGACUUCUCAACCCCUCCUCUCAUACCCGACCCUCUGCUGCUCCUGCAACAACUGCAAACGCCGCUCGGGAGGUAUAGCCUCCUUCGCCUUUAUCGUUCCCUCUUCUGACGUUCACAUCGCCGGCUCCUCACAUACUUCCUACUCUGACCCCGAUACCGGCAGCGGCAAACCAAUGACUAGGUCAAUGUGCAAAGAGUGUGGAAGUCCGGUCUGCAUCAUCGAGGCUAGCGCUCCCGAGUCAAGGUGUUUGCAGUAUGGGUUGUUUGCUGGAGAGGUGGAGUUGCCGAGACCGCAAGUCGAGUUUUUCGGCAAAGAGAGGGUGGUUUGGGUUUCGGAGAUGGGAGGGGAGGUCAAGGAGACGCUUUGA